CACAGGUUUCUCAGGAGGGAGGAUAACAUGUGACAGCACACAGAGAAGCCAAGAGUACUGGAGAAGAUCAGAAGCCUGCAUGAGUGAGCUUAGCUUUCCAAAAUAUUUUCUUAAAGCGCUAUUCAAGGGACCACUGACCUCUGCAACAGACAGCACCAUGGUGGAGCAAGAGAUGCUGCUAUCGUGCGCUUAUCCUCCAGAAAAGUGUUAUUCAGCAAUAGUUAUGAACUCCCGUUUACGAGCCUUAGGUGGGAGGAUAAAUAACAUACGAGCAUCAGAGCUACCAAAAGAGAAAACCCGAUCAGAAAUAACCUGUAACGUCCACUUUUUGGAUGGCUCAGUACAAAGCUUCAAAGUCAACAAACAAGACACUGGACAAAUUUUGUUGGAUAUGACCUAUAAUCAGCUGGGUGUGACAGAGAAGGAAUAUUUUGGUUUACAGCAAAAUGAGAAUUCAGUAGAUUCACCUUUUUUCGUUUCACAGCGAUGGCUUGAACCAAGCAAACCUAUUAGGAAACAGUUAAAAGGAGGUUUUCCCUGCACGCUUCAUUUUCGUGUAAGGUUUUUUCUACCUGAUCCUAACACACUUCAGCAAGAACAAACCAGGCAUUUAUUCUUUCUGCAGUUGAAGACUGAUAUUGCAGAAGGAAGGUUGUCAUGCCCCAUUAAUUCUGCUGUUGUCCUGGCAUCAUAUGCAGUACAAUCGCAACUUGGAGACUAUAAUGCUUCAGUGCAUUGUUCAGGAUAUCUGUCAAAUUACAACUUUAUACCGGAGCAGAACAAGGAUUUUCUUACCAAAGUAGAAACACUACAUGAGCAACACAGUGGUCUCAAGCAAUCUGAAGCAGAGUCCUGCUAUAUAAAUAUAGCAAGAACACUUGAAUUCUAUGGAGUGGAAUUGCACAGUGGUAGAGAUCUCCAUAAUCUAGAUCUUAUGAUUGGGAUUGCAUCCAGUGGAAUUGCUGUAUAUAGAAAACUCAUCUGUACAAGCUUCUAUCCCUGGGUGAACAUAUUAAAAAUUUCCUUUAAAAGGAAAAAGUUUUUUAUACAGCAACGGCAAAAACAUAAUGAAUCCAGAGAGCAUAUUGUUGCCUUCAACAUGUUAAAUUACAGAGCAUGCAAAAAUCUUUGGAAAUCUUGUGUAGAGCAUCACACAUUUUUUCAGGCAAAGAAGUCACUACCUCAUGAAAAAAAGAUAUUAUCACAUUAUUGGACUCUGGGUUCUAGAAAUCCAGCAAAGUCUGUAAACAACCAGUUCUGCAGAAAAGUGAUAGGUGGGAUGGUUUGGAACCCAUCCAUGAGACGAUCCUUAUCAGUUGAGCACCUAGAGACCAAAAGCCUUCCUUCUCGAUCACCUCCUGUUACCCCCAAUUGGCGGAGUCCUAGACUACGUCACGAAAUCCGCAAACCACGACACUCAUCUGUAGAUAACCUUACGAAUGAGAUUAGUUAUAUUACUGAAACAGAGGAUGUUUUUUACACAUAUAAGUGCUCUCCAACAUCAAAGGAGAGUGAUUCAGAGUUCUCUCAGAACCGUAGUCCACAGAGGAGGUCAUCUGAACAAGAAUCACCAAAGAACAUAUUGGGAAACAGUCCGACGCAGAGUUCUCUGACCCGUCUCUCACCUAAAGCCUUGGCUCAGUAUCCCAAUGGAGUCGGAAACAUUUCUGGCUCUUACCCGUUGGAAGGGGUGGAUAAGCAGUUCUUAGAAACGUAUGACAACGUUACAAAAGGUAGCUCAACAGAAGAUUCCAGUCAGUACUACUGUGAUAAGAAUGAUCUAAUUGAGGGAGAUUUACUUUUGGUGCGUAUCAUACCAGAUGAAGAAGGGAAGUUUGGAUUUAAUCUAAAGGGUGGAGUAGAUCAGAAAAUGCCACUGGUGGUAUCAAGAAUAACUCCAGGAUCACCUGCUGAUAAAUGCAUUCCAAAGCUGAAUGAAGGUGAUCAGAUAGUAUUAAUUAAUGGCCGAGAUAUCUCAGAGCACACGCAUGACCAGGUGGUCAUGUUCAUAAAAGCCAGCAGAGAAUCUCACACAAGAGAGCUUGCACUUUUGGUCAGGAGGAAAGUAGUUAAACAGUUUGUGGAGACCAAAUCAGAAGAUGAAGCUGAUUCCCACAUUCUGCCAGAGUCUAUUCUUCCUGUCUGUUCUGAAUAUGGUGGUGAUACACUGGAGGAGUCUAUGGAGCAGUUAAGAAGAGGGCUAGAAAGUGGGACUGUCCUUAUUCAGUUUGAGCAACUUUAUAGAAAGAAACCAGGAUUGGCUGUUACAUGUGCAAAGGUACCUCAGAAUAUGGACAAGAAUAGAUACAAAGAUGUUCUACCUUAUGAUGCCACAAGGAUAAUAUUGCAAGGAGAUGAAGAUUACAUUAAUGCAAAUUAUGUGAAUAUGGAAAUUCCUUCUGCUGGCAUUGUGAACCGGUACAUUGCUACUCAGGGGCCUCUUCCACACACAUGUGCACACUUCUGGCAAGUAGUCUGGGAUCACAAAUUAUCACUGAUCAUCAUGUUAACAACUCUCACUGAACGAGGACGGACCAAAUGUCAUCAGUACUGGCCUGAUCCACCAGAUGUCAUGGAAUAUGGCUGCUUCCGUGUCAGAUGCCACUCUGAAGACUGCACAAUUGCUUAUGUUGUCAGAAAAAUGGUCAUUACAAAUAUUGAGACAGAACAGCAACACACCGUCACCCAUCUCCAGUACGUAGCUUGGCCGGAUCAUGGCGUUCCUGAUGACUCCAUGGACUUCUUGGAGUUUGUGACCUGUAUGAGGCCAAAGAGAGUAAAGAAUGAGCCAGUUCUUGUUCACUGCAGUGCAGGAAUCGGUCGCACUGGUGUGUUGGUCACUAUGGAAACAGCCAUGUGCCUAAUUGAAAGGAACCAGCCUGUUUAUCCACUGGAUAUUGUACGGAAAAUGAGAGACCAGAGAGCUAUGAUGGUGCAAACAUCAAGUCAAUACAAGUUUGUUUGUGAAGCUAUUCUUCGUGUUUACAAAGAAGGAUUGGUUCGACCACUGGAUUCCAGUUAGCACAGCAGUGAAGGAUGAAUUCCUUUUUCGCCUAAAAAAACUGCUCUUUAAGUAGAGCAAGGGCUUGUUUCUGAAAGCAACUAGAAUGGACUAGAAGCCCAUGAAAAGACAGAUGAGCACGUUUGAACUGUGGCACUUUAAAUUCCUCAAAAACAUUGCUAAAUCAUGUACAGUAUAACAAAGUCACAUAGAUAAAUAUAUGAGAGCAAUUGUGUGUAAUAUGCAUUAUUCACAUAAACAACCAUAAACAAUCAUGGAAACCUUAACAAAUAUCUUUUACUGCCUUAAGACACCCUUUACUUUGGAAGUUACAAAGUUCCUUGUGUUUCCUUUGAAAUAGCAAAAAGAAAACUAAUAUUGAAAUGAUUCAUCUUAAGAAGGUAUUUAAUAUAUUUGUAUCAUAUGAAAGUUCAUUGAAGGUGAAUAUUUGUAACUUUUCUUUUGGGAUACUAAAUAUCCAUAGAACUCUAACCUUGACUAAAAGGCUGACGAAGAGCUUUAAAGGCUUAUGCAUACCUACUGAACACUGAGCUGGAGAAAUUAGUGAGUAUGCCAGCUGUUAUCAUAUGCUGCUUAGAAAUCACAUCUACUGUAUGUGAUGUGAAAAUAAUGCUGCAUUUAGGCAUUUAUGCAGGUGGUACAGCCUACAUCUUCUGUUGACCAAUUUUAGUUGCAACUUGCCCUUUUGACAGGGACCUACUUCUUACAGUUUUAGUUAUUGCACCCCUUUUCUUCUGUUUCUGCUGUCUCCUUUAUACUUUCCACUGCUGUUUCUGUAUGUGGACUGAAAAUAUUUUAACUUAAAACGAGGUUUAAUUCUCUGUCGUGUUUGUUUCCAUGUGUAUUUAUGAGUUUUCAGAUGUAAAUGUGGAUUAAUAUUGCACACAAGUACUAGACUUUUGACUUGCUGUAUAUGCAGAGUAGUCUAAUCCAAUACUGGAAGAAAAAUUACUACUGAACCCAUCAAAUAUGUUGCUGCUAUUUCAAGGUGUGAAGCUUACAAGGGCACAGGUGUUGCUAGUGUUCAGACGGUGAUAAAAUGUUGACUUGCUGCCCUCCAGCAAAAGCACUCUUAUCCAGCGAAACACAACUCCCUUUUGCAAGAGUUCUCCAGAUUUACUGUGUUUCUUGCUUAUACAGAAAUGCAGUUGAAUUCACCUGAAGAUUUACGUGGAAAGAGAAAAUGAAUUUGUACAUUGAUGAAUAAUUCACCCUAAGGUACACUGGUCUCUAUUUCAUUUCAGAUGAGAGAAUUGGACUUUCUGAACAGUAUAACCACAUUUGUAUAAUGUUAAAUUAUUUUGUGUGUGCUUUUUGAUUAACCUGAGAUAGUUAUUCAUUUUUUAAUAGUGUUUGAAAAAUAUUCUAAGGGACUGUUUAAAACUUUGUUAUUUAAAAAAUUACUUCUAAAUAGGGAAAAAUUUUUAUGGGGCAUAUUAGCCAGAUGUUUAUAUGUAUAAAAGAGAAAAUUAGAUAAUUUUUUUUUCAGAGAGAUAUAUAUGCACACACAUAUUCAGAUGUAUUUCAGGAUUAUGGUUUGUAUUAUGGAUAUUAUCAUUUAUAGCUGGAGUUUCAUUAUAGAAACUAUCACAGCUGUACAAUAUGCAUCUCUCAUGUUACUGGAAGAUUACGGUUUUUUUCCCCCCAGGAGAUAACAAGAAAGUGCACGUAGGAUGAGCUAAACUGCUGACUUGACUUUUGUAAGCUUGGUCCUUUAUCCAAGAUUACAUUUUUAGCUAUACCUGAAGAAGAUACCUGGUUACUAUUUAUUGAUUGAAAGAGUUUCAAUUGAGAUGUGCGGAGUAGAUGGCAACAUGGAAACCUUCUUGGCUCUGUUAGGUUGAACCGUGGCUAGGUUUGUGCACAUCCUUAGAUACUGCAUUCCAAAUUUCACUUCAACUGGAGUUUUCUGUAAUAUUUUGGAUCAUUGUCAUCUUGCCUGAUUGGUCACAGAUUAGAAGGCAAAAGACUGGUUCACUCCUUUCUUGCUAUAUUGCACCAGCUAUCUCAAUCUGUGUGAAUCCAAAGGUAAAAUGACAGUGGACAUGCACAUGUUAUUUGGGAAGCUUUGUUACGUGUGUGCCUGUCUGUUAAAAUAUCUUUUUUUUUUUUUUUAAAAGUUUUCCUCUGCCCAGGUCUCAGUCAUCCCUUGCAGUUGGCAUGACUUGCAUUUAAUAGUUUGUCAAGAAGUGAGAAAAGGCAAGAAAAUAAAUUCUAAGAAAAUAUUUAGAGCAUCUUUGUGACAUCUGUGUCUUUCAUGGAAGUACUCAUGGUUUUUUUGUGUUCAAGGUUAUUCCUAUAUUCCAACUGGUAUUUAUGUUUCUUCAUGUUUAAUAUGUACUUACCAAAGCACUGUAAAUGUAUUUCUUGUAUAACGCCAGUCUCAAGAUAUAUGGUAUAGGCUUGACUUGGGUCAGUAUGUGUGGAUUUAAAUGAUGACUGUCAUAUUUUGACAACAAAUGCUGCUCUUGUUCUGAUAAACUUGGAUGGGUUUGGUAAUACCAUUGGGGAGCUCUUGGAUUUUAAUAACUUGAUUGAAAUUGCUGGCCACAGAGAGAAUACUCAAAGCUAUAUAAAUAGUAAUCUCUGUAAGUUUAUUUGUUUGUUUUCUUUAAAUGCCUUUGAGGAAAUAUUAACUUCACACAUAUCUUGUAUAUUGUGUCCAUCUUUAUUUCAGUCUUGCUGGGUUUUGCACAGGUACCUGUAGGGUCCAUAGGGGAGAAUUGAAGGGGUUUUGUCUUCUCUCUGUAGUGUGUGAUGACUUUGCACUGAAUGAAGUAUGCCUUAGAUCUGAUCUUGCAAUGAAAGCAAGAUGAAAUUGUGAAAACAUCUUAAUGCCAGCUUUUGUUUUGACAAAAAUUAAGAAAUCACGAAGACUUAGAUUUAAUUGAUUAGAUUGGGGGGGUGGGGUUUGGUGGGAGUUAAGACUUGUGACCACAAAGUUUUUAUUUGUCAAGCAAUUGGCAAAUGGUAGAAAAUGCUGUGAAGACAAGAUUCUGUACAACCUUCAUAAACAUUUUACCCUCAGAUUCUCCUGUGCUGGCAUGAUCCUGAAAAUAAGUAUUCAAACUAUCUGAUGGUGUGGUGGUGGUUGAAGAGGGAGCAAUAAACUCUUGAGGUUUUCAUCACUGUGAAAUACACUAACAUUUAUUUCUACAGAAUUAAACAAAUUUUAACUUAGUGGCUUUAUAUUUUAUAUGGAAAUAAUUUAACUGCCUAUUCAGCGCCUCUACAGAAAUCCCACACAGGAACACUUCUGAGACGGAGGUGAAAGGGUCAGGUCUUGCUAUUUAUUAAAAAUAAGAAAAACAGUGCCCUAAACCAUGAAUUCCUUUUGUGUAAUCAGAUGUAUGAAAUACAAAUCAUUAAAAUACAACUAAACCUUGAACAGUGGUGGUGUUUGAAAAAAGAAAAAAUUGUAAUCCAGGGGUUUGCUUUUAAUUAUCCUGUCUUUGUAGUAUCUUAUCCUGUUGAUACUAAAUUAUAUGCAGUCAAAGUGUACCCACAAAUUCAGCAAUAAGUCUUCAUAUAUAUUCAUUUUUUUAACUGUUGGUUUCCCUUUUUACCCUCAUAUUUCCUACUAUGCAGUACUUGGUUAAAUAUAUAUGUAUUUUAAAAGAACUACAGUUCUCAACUGUAUCAUCAACCUUGCAUUGGCUUUAUUACAAGUAUAGUAUGAUACUUUUUUACAAAAAAGCUCUUCCCUGUAGACAGUAUUCUUGUGUCAGAGUAAACGCAUAAAUGUUGAAAAUAGAUGCACAUGGUUAAUAUUCAGUCAAUUAUAAUUCAAACAUAGUUAUUUCACUGAUAAUGGCUUUAUUUUUCUAUCCUAUAGCAUUUAAGUGCGAGUUUAUUUUACUCUCUCAGCCUUUCCAGAGAACAUGUGCUGGGAAAUGUUUGUAUUUUGAUUAGUAACCUGCAACCAGUCUACUUGGUUAAAAGCAUUUAUUAGUUGAAGCUAUAUAGAGAGUAAACAUUAAAUACUUUGUUCAAAGGCCAAGUGAAUGAUUAAUUCAUUAUAUAAAAAAAUGUUUUUAUUAUAUGUGUUUCUUGCAUUUAAGUUCUGACACUGAUAGUGCUCAGCCAUCUCAAAUUGCUGUUGGUUUUAACUGUAGUUUACAUUAACAGUUUAAAUGUAUGUCUAAUGCAAUAUGAUUUAGUUUUAGUGUACUUUAACACUGUAUAAGCCUCAAACAGUAGCAUCUACAAUCAUUGAAGCCUGUCAUUCUAAAGAAAAGAGUUUUUCUGAAUCAAAAGGAAGAAGUUCCACAUAAUAUCAAUAGAUUUAACCAUUUUUCAGCUCACACUAGCUCUGUGACAGUAGCAUUCUUACAACUCAUAUAAAGAGCAAAUGUUGAGGAUCAAUAAUAUUAUGGGAAAAAACAAAUUGUAUGGACUAUAAGAGACAAUGAAAUAUUGUUGUUGUCUUUUUUUUUUUUAAGUCAAAUUCAUCUCAGGAAGGGGACAUUUGCUUGCAGACUACUUGGAUAAGAGUAGUCUUAGUUUGUGCUUUAUUUUGGGCUUAGCUGCAGGUAAACCUUUCAUUAAAGUUGUAUUUAAAAUAUUAAAGCAUUUAUUUUAAUAGACAUUAGUGAAGCACUUCAGUGUACUGUUAACUGUCUUAACUUGUGUUUACUUGUCUUUCAUGAUUUUGUUUCCUGAAAUGUCAUUGUUUUGCCUUAUAAAAUCACUUUGAGGUUUCCUACAAGUGUAGGAAAGUGAAAGUGUGAAACUGGCUUUGUCUCAGGCGAGGUGAUUUUACUGUUGCUUAAGAAAGGAUUUUUUUUAUUUUUUUUUCCCACCUGCUGUAGAGGCAGUGUGGUGUUCAGACAAGUCUCAACUGAUCUCCUUUCAGAGAAAUUUAAACAGUGCUGCUAGCAGGGGUAGAAAUCAAAAAGAUAUAUGGAAAAGCGUGUAAGAAAUGUUUUCUUCAGGGCAGAUAAGACCUGGGUUUAACUUAAAUAUUAAAAGGAAAAAAAUCAAACAUUGUGAACAUGAAAAUGCUUUUAACAGAUAAAGUGGGGGUGGGAAAUAUGAUUUUUUUUCCCUCUUUUUCCUUUAAAACACUUCCUUGUUUCAAACAUGAUUUCCCUUGGAACAGUUUCUUUAGUAAAGAGCCAUACUGUUUGCCAUAGGAUUUAAUUUUUGUCAAACCCACCUAGAAAAUAAUUUUAAGUGGAACAUUUUCCUCAUCUACUGGUUUGUACUCUUAAGUAGUAUUAAAAAAAAUCUUAAAUAUUUUCCUUUUAAAAACUAUAUUGGCUGUUUUCAUUUUAUGUCUUUUUCUGAGACAUAAAUGAAACCUGCAUGUGGCUGGGUAACUGGUGAGGUUUCCCUGCAUGCUUAAGAGGAAGCAGAUGUUUUGUUAGGGCUAUUAAACCCCUUACCAAACAUCAGUUACCAACUUAAGCCAGAGUAGCAUCAUAUUUUUACCAUCCUUUUGCAGAAUAAACAUUUUGUAAAUAUUCCUUGGAUCUUGCUCUCCCAAGUAUCAGGAAAUCAUCUUGCACCAAGCUAGAAUUUAUGCUUUAAAAAGAAAAAAAUUUUAAAAAAAAUUAAAGUUAAAAUCUGAAUCUUCAAGUAAGGAAUCACUAUUUGCCAAAUUCUGUACAAAACAUACUUUUUAAAAGGAAAAAAAAAUAAGUUUUCUGCAAAAAUACAGAAAUACAAAGGUUAGCUGGUAGAAGUGGUUGCAGCUUGUCUUAAAGCAAAUUGGCUCUCAGCUAGUGUGCAGUAUGGCCACUAAAGCACAGAAAGUGCAUCAUCAGCCCAAAUUCCUGAUUAUUUGUCAACUUGCUUGCACAUGGUUGGUUGUGACCCUGAUUCAGGAAUAAGGAAAAAGGGCUGCCUUCCUUGGGAAAAGAUAUUGAAACCCUGCACAGUAAAUCCACAGCCUAAAUUGAUUGUAUUUUUAUUAUCUAACCUGAGCAGUCUAGUUCAAAGUGAGAUCCAGUGUAUCUGUAUGGGUUUGCAAGAAUAUCAAAGCACUCCAUUCAAAAAAAAAAAAAGCUCAGCCCAGUAGUGUUAAUUGCAGAGGGCUUUGUUUGCUUUAGUUAAGCAGCAGGUGAGUGUGGCAGCACUUGGGUUAAUCCUGGUCAGGCCCUUCUAAUUCAGAACUUUGCAUAUAUGACCGAAAACUUGGAGUUUAGCGGGAAUUAAAUUAGUGCCUGUAGAAAUUAGGUGGGGAAUUACAAUAUAAACUCAAAUGUAAAUCUAUUUCUAGUCCAGGUUUUGCAAAAUAAAUGACAGGUAUCAGUGCUUACAUUCCAGUGACCUGUGCAGUGAGCACUAAACAUAAUUUAUUUAGGUUUUCACACUUCAUUGUGUAACCUUAAUAGAGAGAUACAAGGUAUAUAACGGGGACAAUCCCAUAAAAGGUUUAAAAAUCUGCCUGCCAUUCAUCCUCACAAAUGAUGUACUGAUUAAAACUGACCUUGAUUACAGCUGAUAUGGAAAUGUGUUUAUAAUAUUGGAAUAAAUUGGAUAACAGUUGGGAAAGCCAAAGUUGUUUGGGUUUUUUUGCAAGUUUUGAAGAAGAUUUCACUAUUCUAGUCACUAAACUCAUAUUUUCACAUAAGUUCAGUUAGUGUUUUUGUCAGCAAAAUCUUAGAAGAUAAUAUCCAAGGAUUCUGGCUGGGGGGUUUUUAUUUUUUUUUUUUUUUUCCUGUACCACUCUAGUUCUUCUAAGAUCUUAGGUGCCAGUGCAUUAAAGGAAUAAAAGAAUGUAUUUGAUGUAUUUGGAAGGUAAGGAAUGAGAUUAUUUUGUACCCUACUCUGUUCUUUUAAAUCAUUUGAAAUGUAAAUUGAUGUUGAUAUUACAAAGUUUAAUUUAUUGUUUAAAAGUGUAGACACCUCUUGAAUGUAUAUUUUUUUUUAUUAUUUUUAUAGGAAUAAAGGGUUUUGGUUAAUGUUUUCAGUAGAGCUUUCUUCGGGUUUGGAACUGUUUUGAACAAAACAUAGCCACCAUUUUAUGCAUAUUGGUUAUAUGGCUAAUGGUGAAAUAAAGGAUUUUUUUGCCUA